AUUAGAUUAUAACUAAUAAUGGAACAUGACUAUUCUAAACGACCACGUUUAGAUAAUUUUGAAAGUUCAUCCUCUAUUAUACACACUUAUCAAUCACCAAUGGUGGAUAUACCUAUGACUGAACGACCUUUCAGUAAUGUACUCAUCAACUUGGGUCGACAAACUAAACAUCAACUUUCUGAUAAGAAACUUAUUGUCUACGAUUUAAAAGUGGAUAGUCCAAGUUUACCUGAUGGAUAUCAAGAUAAUGUAUGGUCAACUUUACAAAACUCUAUAUAUGCUAUACAACAAAACCAUUCACCUUCAGAAAGUCUUGAAGUACUAUAUCAGUUAUGUGAAAACCUUUGUCAACAUGAACUAGGUUCUCAACUAUACGAUCAUUUGAAAUCAACCUGUCAGGAACAUGUUGAAAAGAUGUUUCUCUCAUUGGAAAGUGACAUUUCUGAAGGUACGACAUAUCUUGAACAUGUACGUCAUAUGUGGUCUACCUACAGUCAUCAAAUGAAUCAAAUUCGCUGUAUCUUUUUAUAUUUGGAUCGUACCCAUCACUCUAUCAUGGAUCUAGCAACAGAAUUAUUUCGAUCAUAUUAUAGUCAAUCGUCACUUAUUCGACAAAAGGUGAUGAACUCUAUAUUGGACAUGAUUACUUCUGAAAGAUGCGACAAGAAAAUUGACUCCGUAUUGUUGAAAAAUAGUUUACGAAUGUUGAUGGAUCUACAUCUGUAUUACACAGAAUUCGAAGGACGAUUUUUGGAACAAACGCGACAAUUCUAUCAAGAUGAAGGUGACAGACUGAUACAAGAAAUGCCUAUGUCUAAAUAUUUAGAACAUAUCGCAAAUCGAGUUCAUCAAGAAUCUAUUAUUAGAGUGAAACAAUAUUUCGAUAAAUCAUCCAAAGCUGCCAUUACUACCAUUGUUGAAGAUCAACUAUUAUCAAAUCGAGUACAAGAUAUUCUGGAAAAAAGCUUCAAUUACUUUAUGGAUCACCGAUCUGAAGAUGAUCUCUCACUAUUAUAUCAAUUACUUCAAAAAGUGGAUAAAUUAGAUAUCUGUGCGAAAUACUUUGUAACUUAUGUUAAGACAAAAGGAACUUCAAUAUUAAAAAAUCAUGCCAAGGACAAGGAUCUUUUCGCCACUUUACUUUCCUUUAUGCGUAGAGUGGAUUCUAUUGUGCGACAUAGUUUUGAAGAUGAUGAUUUGUUUGUUAAUGGAUGUAAAGAUAGUUUCUCUUACUUUAUCAAUUUGCGACAAAACAAUACUACAGUACUCUUGGCCAACUAUAUUGACUUAGUUUUACGGAAUGAAAAGGUGGAUGAAAAAUUACUGGAUACUUGUAUGACAUUCUUCCGGUUACUUCAAACCAAGGAUACAUUCGAAAUACUUUACAAGCAGGAUCUUGCAAAGCGUUUGAUACUAGAUGUAGGAAAUGUCAAGUUUGAAAAAGCUAUGUUAGCAAGAAUGAAAAAGGACUCUGGACCGGCAUAUACGAGCAAACUGGAAAAGAUGUUACGAGAUAUCAAAUACUCUUAUGAUCUUAUGAUGAAUUUUAAGGAACAACAAGUUACCCGGGACUCUGACACAUGGAUGGAUUUGAACGUGAAUGUUCUUACUUAUGGAUUUUGGCCAUCAUAUACACCGAUAGAUAUUAGGAUGCCAUCUCAGUUCCAAAGGGUACAAGAUGAAUUUCAAACGUUUUACACUAACAAGUAUCCAAAAAGAAGACUGAAAUGGUUAAAUGCAUUAAGCGUAUGUGAAGUGGAAUCGAAUUAUCCAAAGGGAACUUAUAUGAUCACAUUGACUUUAUUGCAAACUAUUAUUUUGAUUCUCUUCAAUAAUACAAGCAAAUCAGAAUUCUCUUUUGGUGAAAUACUAGCGGCCACAAACUUGGAUGAACUGGAGCUACGAAGAACAUUGAAAUCAUUGGUUUGCGGACAACAUGCACUUUUGAAGAAAUACCCUUCUAGCCCUGAUGUUGAACAAACAGAUCAAUUUAUAUACAAUCACGACUUUGAAUCUACAGAAACUCGUAUUUGGAUGAAUACUGAAAAGUUAAACGAAGCCAUUGAAAAUAGUGUGUCCGUUGACCAACCUGUACUUAUUGCUCGAGAUCAACAAGUGGAUGCGGCCAUUGUACGUAUACUGAAAUCCAAACAAUCUCUCAGUCAUGGUGCGCUAUUGGGUGAAGUGACAAGACAGAUUCGAUUCCCAGUAACGGCACUUGAAGUCAAACAACGUAUAGAAGUUCUUAUCGAAAAGGAAUAUAUUGAAAGAACAGCGGAUAAUGGAUAUCGAUAUACUUAGUUUAACUUUAUAUAUAGAAGAAGCCAUGUACAUAAUCAAUAAUAAUAAAAAAAAAACGCGGUAGUUUAAAAUCACGCAUAAAACUGUAUCUUUA